CUGCAGCUGUUGCCAACUUAGUUAUGCUGUAUUUGUAUUCGCAGAUACUGGAUAGGCAACUGGUUGCCAAAGUGUGGAUAAAGACUAAUACUCUUCAGGACACUUUGUUUAGGUUUAUGAUGAACGUUCGCAUGGUUUGUGUUUUCCUAUCUCUGGCCAGUCGCUGGUGUCUGCGAAGAAGGUUUAUGUGGCUGUUCAAGUCUAUAUGCCAGCUCUAUCUAAGACAUCCUGAUCUAGUUCAGUACUGCCGUAGAAGCAUUGUGAGCAAGUGCUUCGGCGCCACAAUGUUCGGUGUUCUUCAGAUGACCAUGAUUUUGUUCGUGGCUUCAAAUCAACUAACUUUUCGACUGGCACUUCGAAUUUUUUCUAUUAUCAGCAUUACGUACACGAUCAAUGUCAUUAUCACGCAGUAUUUCAUAGCCAUGGCAAUCAUACGAGCACGCUACGGAACUUUAGCCAAGGAACUCCAGUCGAUCUUGGCCGAAGCUGCAUCCCUAGUUCCCAACGAAGGUGAAACCUUCGUGACCAAAUGUUGCCAGAUGGCAGAUGAACUGGAGAAAAUCGCUCGAGCCCAAUCACAUUUACAAACGAUCACUGAACGCAUAUCGACGACCUACACAGUUCAGAUCAUUUGCCUUAUCAGCACGAACUACUUGAAUAUGGUGGGAAAUGUUUACCUAAUGUUCAGCUUGUCAAAGUACAAAUCGCUUACAGCCAGUUUGCCCAAGUUGGCUGUAUUAAAUACCAUAGCUAUUGUGGUGUUCUAUUACCUCGACAGCUGGCUAAACGUGUUCAAUGUGUUUUACCUCAUUGACAGCCAUAACAGAAUGGUCAAGUUACUGAAUCAAUGGACUUUGGUUCGGCCAGGAAUGCAUCCAAGACUGGAGACAGCUUUUGAGAACUUCACAUUAAGCCUGGCUCGAAACCCGUUUAAGCUGACUUGCUUUGGCUUAUUUAAUAUCGAUCGGCUGGGGGCGUUUGCCGUGUGCAAUUCACUAAUUAUGCACUCGAUUCUACUGAUCCUAUAUGACGUACAGCAUUUCUAGGAUUUGAAUAACUAUUAAAGCUAAUCAAGUUGUAUUUACAAACAUGUUUUCUGCAUUACUCCAAAAGCAAAUACCUAAUGAUGUCCUUAAUUACAAUCUAGUACAUUAAAGAGAAACACUUGGGACGAGAGUGCUCUGAGUCAAUCGAGUGGGUUGUGUUAUUACAUUAGCUGAAUGAAGAUGAUACGAUAUCAUUGGGAACCACAAAUCAUUAGCACAGAAGACAAA